AUGGAUCUCCAGGAGCCAGCUUCCCCCAACGGCUCUCUCUCACCCUCGCCACAGGUACCGCGCAAGCUGCCAGUUGACCUGCCGACCUCUCUGGAUGACCGCCGUGCCCUGCCCGAAUAUAGUGGAGGGACCGAGAUAUACGAUGGUUGGCAAGGCUCAUCCCAAUAUAUCACUGCACCUACUCCGGCACGGCCGCUCCCGUUCGACCUUCAUCUAGACACCCCAGCCUACGACGAUGAAGAGACGUACACCCGAAUACAGGAUAGUGAUUCCCGGCUGAUGGAAAUGGUCGCCGCUCAGGCUCAUCACAGAGAAGAUGGAAGUCCAGGGCAAGACGAGGACGCCAUUGCCACAGACGAGAAGCUCUCUGCUAGUGACAAGAAGGAGAUCCUGCAGAAAAGCCUUAACAUGGCCGCGAGCAACGGAGAUGUGGCACGAAUACAAAAGCUGGUUGGAGGAAGGGCCAAGGAGUUUGUGGAUGUCAACCAGCCGGACGAGGAGGGAACGGUCCCUUUGAUCUACGCCAGUUGCUUCGGCCACUAUGAAGUUGUGGCUGCGCUGUUGGACGCGGGAGCCCUGGUGGACCAGCAGGACCGAAAUCAGUGGAGUGCACUGAUGUGGGCAAUGACCAACCGUCAUAAACAAAUUGCCAAACUCCUUCUCGACCAUGGAGCCAAUCCUGACAUCAAAUCCUCUUCGGGCGGCACAGCGCUGGACUUCCUUCAACCAGGAUCUGACUUGUCACAUUAUCUCCAUGAAAAUGGCUAUCACUUCGGAGUUUCAAGCUUAGAAGGCGACUUCUAUAACUCUGGCUUCUCGCAGGAUCGGUUUGAAGAGGAGAUGGCGGAAAAUGAACUGAAGCGGCGCAUGAUGAUGCAGGAGAGCGCCGCCAACCUGGAGGUCGACCUGUCAACCUUGGGGUUUGAUGAACAGCCAGAGUCGCCCAUUGAGUUUGAAACCGAAGAAGAGUUUGUCUGGGAUCGUUGCAUCGGGGACCAAAUGUUCGUCUUCCAGGCGGACAAGCUCGACGCCAUUUUUGACCUCAUCAUCACCAACAUGACCCCUCAGCGAUCGCCCUCACAGAAACCGGUGCCGGCCAAUCUCAUCUUCUUAAUGGCCCGCUACGCCCAUUAUCAUAUGACUGCCUCUCUGUUAGACGAAGUCUUGACGAAAGCGCUGGACCUGAUCAACGACGUGAUCGAGCGUCAUCAAUGGGACAUGACCAUGCUCGCUUUCUGGAUUUCGAACGCGACAUUGUUGCUUCAUUACCUCAAAAAGGACGCCGGCCUCGUUGAGGCGACAUCCAAGUAUCAGCUCGAAUUGGCUGAACUGAUCAAUGAGACGUACAUUCUCAUCAUUCGGGAUGCUGAAAGGAGGAUGAACAAAGUCCUGGACGUGGCCAUGCUAGAUCACGAGACCAUCCCUGGGCUGGACGACAUUGCCUUUCAGGGCGAGUGGAAAGUGUUCAAAUCGAAAUCGAAAGCGAAAGAAGAGCCGCCAGAGAAACGAUUUCGGCCUCCUUCGCCGAAGCGACGAGCCCAGACCUCACCACGAAACAUCACCUCCCUCCUCUCUUCGACCUUGUUUGUGCUGGAUCUCUAUGACAUUCACUCUGUGAUCACAGCCCAGAUUUUAUCUCAGCUCUUAUAUUGGAUUGGAGCAGAACUGUUCAACCGUGUUAUGAACACGAGAAAAUACCUGUCAAGAACCAAGGCCAUGCAGAUUCGCAUGAAUGUGUCGGCAAUCGAAGACUGGGCGCGUGCGAAUAACCGGCAACCCGAACACUACGAAAAUGGAUCGACCAUUUCUACGGGAGAAAACACUGUAGACGCCGCUCGGCGACACCUGGCUCCGAUCAUUCAGCUGCUUCAAUGGCUGCAGUGUUUUAGUUCGCUUGGCGAAGACCAAGAGUCUUUGGUGGCAACGUUGGUUCAACUGCAACGACUCACUCCGACGCAAUUGAUCCACGCCGUGAAGAACUAUAGGGCCGAGGUGGGGGAGAAACGCCUACCCAAAGCGCAUAUGAAGUUCUUGGUGCAGCUACAAAGAGGCCAGCAGUCGUUGAUCCACAGACCUCGGACGCCAGUGGUCGAUGCCCCAGGAUCAGAUACAGCCACAUCAACUGGGCAGAAUGGGGCAUCUGGUCAGGACCAUCAGAGUCCGGCUACCCCUCAAGGCGCAUCGGCGCCACCGACAUCGUCUCCUGUGGAAUCCGACACUGAUCCACCGCUGCGACGAAAUGCCUUGAACUUGGACCAGACUUUGAUGCUUCCAUUCUCACUGCCAACCUCGACUGACAUGCUGAUCACGUAUGGGGCGGGCAUUGGCGGCGUGAAUCGGGAACGAGCACAGAAAUAUAUACCGACCAUUCCCACGGAAGUUUUGAGUAAACUGAACCUCGACGGCGAUGGAAGGCGACGUGCAGGAAGCAUCGGGACCAUCGGGACGACAUCACAAGGAUGGCGAAGUGGUGGAUUCUGA